UAUUGAACACAGUAAAGUAUGGUUUACAAUUUACUCAACAGUUGUUUCAUGGCUGGAUUCCUUGUAGUCAGCUUUUAGUGCUUGUGUAUAUUUUGCCCAAAAAUAGAUUAUGAAAAAUAUAUUUAUUUUCUAAAAUUUAUAAAAAUAAAAAUAAAAAUAUCUGUGUCUCUCCCUCUCUAUCCACAUAUGUGUAUACUGCUGAAGAUUGAAAAACUUCAAAACCUUUAGAAAAAUUGUUUGUGUUGUGCUGUUUGUAGCUCAGAAUUUCGCUGUGUUAUUUGUAUUUAUAUGUAUAACUUUGUUUAAGGCCUGGAUAAGAAGCAAAAACAGCUUCAUCUUCAUUACUUUCAGUAUAAGAUGGUUGGAUUUCGAGGUUCUUCAUUACCAUGCUCAAGAACUACUAUUUGAUCACUACUUGUAAGAAUGAAUGUUAAGGAGUCAGAGAGGACGAUUAUCUCGAAACCGGUUGCUUCAAGGCCGUCUUGUUCAAGCUUUAGAUCAUUCUCAGAACUUGUUGCAGGUGCCCUUCAUACUUCCCCCUCAAACACAUCUUCUGAGGCUGCAGUUCCUGCUACCAUUAGACCGAAGACAGUGAGAUUUAAGCCAACAACGGUGCACGGUGCAGCUCCUGAUCUGCUUUCUUCUCAGGCCGCCGAGAUUUGUGGCGCUGCAGUCUGUUCUAAGCCGGAUGGAGGAUCAACUGUGGUGCACAAACCAUUGGCAAAAGUUGUUUCCAAGACAACCGUUUCACUUUUGGCAACCAUGGGAAACUUCAAUAACAGCUUCCAACAAAUACAUUCUCAAGCUCAACAUUCACAGCAAGAUAAAGAGAGUUUUCUUUCACAGCAUAGCUCAUAUCUAAACCCGAUUGCUUCGGUAAGAGCUAAAAGUAAUACAAUGGUUGUGCCCUCAAAGAUUGUGUCCCUGCCACAAAACCAAGAAGAUGAGGAUCCACAAUCUCUACCUUCCAUAGCAAAUAGUGACAGGCCUUCUUACGAUGGAUAUAAUUGGAGAAAAUAUGGACAAAAACAAGUGAAAGGGAGCGAGUAUCCACGAAGUUACUAUAAGUGCACAUAUCCAAAUUGCGCGGUGAAAAAGAAAGUUGAGAGAUCUUUGGAUGGGCAGAUUGCUGAAAUUGUCUACAAGGGUGAACACAACCAUUCUAAGCCUCAGCCUGCCAAGCGAAACUCGUCAUCUGUGACACCAGCAUUGGCUGAUACCACCCCCAGUCUAGACGCCAACCACCAAUUAUGGCAUAGUCAACUCAAUGAAAAGAACGAAUGUUGUGAAGGGGAAGUUGGAGUAUUACAAGCACAUUCUUGUCAAGGAAAAGCUUCUCAACUUUAUGAUUCUCUUAGUGUUGAACCUGAGGCAGAAGAUGAUGAACCAAGACAUAAAAGAAGGAAAGGUGAGAAUCAAUCACAUGAAGCAGGAACAUCAGGAGGAGAAGGCAUUCAAGAAGGUCGAGUUAUGCAAAAUUCAAAUGAUUUAGAAAACAUUUCAGGGGAUGGCUUUCGCUGGAGAAAAUAUGGACAGAAAGUUGUAAAGGGCAAUCCAUAUCCAAGAAGCUAUUAUAGAUGCACAAGUGUGAAAUGCAAUGUGAGGAAGCAUGUGGAAAGAGCAUCAGACGAUCCAAAAUCAUUCAUCACAACAUAUGAAGGAAAACAUAACCAUGACAUGCCGAUCAAGUCUACUCCAAAUCUUGUGUCUUCUGAGAUUCACACUAAGGCCCCUUAAGACACACCACAUGACUACUGACUUUUUUUGAAACACAUCUUUAGCCAGCCAACUCAUAACAUUAUUAUUAUUAUUAUUAUUAUUAUUAUUAUUAUUAUUAUUAUUAUUAUUAUUAUUGUUAUAUACGUGAGACUAGAAUGAUGACAAACUAGGAUAAUUAUAUUUGGAAAAAAAAAUUAUUGUAUAUUGAAAAUUUCUAUAAAUACAUUUACCAAAACAACUAAUUAAAUCAUAGCUAAAAUAGGAUCUUUCCACGUCUCUUUAAGCUAGUUAUAAUUAAUCACAACUAAUGAUAUUUAGUAUUUUUCUGUGUUCAUCGAGAAAAAUAAUACGAGUAUGGAAGUAGAACAAUUAAGUUAGAUAAAACACUAAAUAUCAUUAGUUGUGAUUAAUUAUAACUAGCUUUGGUGAAGCAUAAAGAAGAGACGUGGAAAGGUCCUAUUUUAGCUAUGAUUUAAUGUAAUACCUACUUUUAUUCUUUGAAUUUUUACUACAAAAAAAACAAGUGAACCUGUGUUGUAUUUAUAGAAAUUUUUAAUAUACAGUAAUUUUUUUUCAAAUAUAUUUAUCCUAGUUUGUCAUCAUUCUAGUCUCAUGUAUACAGAAACAAUUAAGUAUACACAUAAAGAAAAAUGAUAUUUAUUUAUUUAUUGAGUUUAAAAUGGGUGAAGUAGAUGAGCUACUUUGGUUCAUGAACCUUGUUUUAAAAUGGAACUGAAAUUGAUUAGGCUUAUUUUCAUGUAUUGUUCUAUUUUGUUGUGCUUCAAUUAUGAAAUUAUGUUAGUUUUCAAUA